AUGGCGCCCCACCACCAGCGGGUGCCGCUCUUGUUCCCACUCGUCUUCCUCCUCCUCCUCCUCGCCCCACCCCGCGCCGACGCGUGGGGCAAGGAGGGCCACAUCAUGGUCUGCAAGAUCGCCGAGAAGUACCUGUCGGAGAAGGCGGCGGCGGCGGUGCAGGCGCUGCUGCCGGAGUCGGCGGGCGGGGAGCUGUCGACGAUGUGCCCGUGGGCGGACACGGUGCGCUGGCACUACCACUGGGCCAGCCCGCUCCACUACGUCAACACCCCCCAAGUCUGCAACUUCAAGUAUUCUCGGGAUUGCCACAAUUCUCGUGGCCAGGAAGGGAUGUGCGUCGUCGGGGCUAUCAACAACUACACUGACCAGCUCUACAGCUAUGGCCAGAAGACUUCGUAUAACCUGACGGAGAGCCUGAUGUUCCUGGCACAUUUCGUCGGCGACGUCCACCAGCCACUGCAUGUAGGCUUUGAAGAUGACGAAGGCGGGAACACGAUCACCGUCCACUGGUACCGGAGGAAAGCAAACCUCCAUCACGUGUGGGAUGUCAGCAUUAUAGAUACGGCAAUCAAGGACUUCUACAACAAGAGCAUGGAUACCAUGGUAGAGACUCUCAAGACGAACCUUACAGGUGGAUGGUCUGACGAUAUUACUCACUGGGAAAAUUGCGAGAACAAACAUGCCACCUGUGCAAAUGACUAUGCAAUUGAGAGCAUUCAUUAUUCCUGCAACUAUGCCUACAAAGAUGUGGAGCAAGGCAUUACUCUAGGAGGUAGGUGUUACACUUAUUGGUGCCUGAAUAUUUGGCUUGUCUGA